AUGGCCAGUAGACCCGGAAGUAGAUCCAAAACUCGAGCAACUCUUAAGGAGUUGACCUCUCUGACCAAGAAUUUGGCUAAGGCUAUGACUUCUCAACUGAACCGUCAACAAGAUCCUGACCUAGCUGGCGAGGUGUUUAAGAAAGUAGCCUCUAGGAAUCCACCUGUCUGUGAUGGAAAAGAGGACCCAGUCAGUCUUGAGAACUGGAUUAGGGAGUUUGAUAAACUGUUUACUGCUGUUAGAGAGGAAGCUGAUUUAUGGUGGUCCGAAAGGAAGGAGUCUUUGGCGACUCAAGAGGAUUUUGGUUGGGAGCAAUUUAAGGAAGCCUUGAGAACCAAGUUUUACCCACCUCACUUAAGGAAAAAGCAGUGCCUAGAGUUUACCAACCUGAGGAUGGGGACCAUGACUAUUAAUGAAUACUACUCUAAGUUCAUAGAGUUAAUGAGGUUUGCACCUGAAAUGGUUCCAACUGAAGUUUUGAAGGCUCAACGAUUUGAGCAAGGGUUGACCUUGUCCAUUCAAGGGAAAUUGGGAGGGGCUAACUUUAAUAGCCUUGAUGAAGUGUAUGGGAGAGCUGCCCAUCUAUUCGGGAUCAAGGGAGAGCUAGAAGUGAAUCCUAGAUAA